AUGUUUCUGACAAGUAUUCGGCCUCUUAGCACUUUGGUUACUCUGUGCUUUGGCACACUUAGAGAUAAUCGCCUACGAGCUACGAGAAAUGUCCCAUCAUUAGCUUAUUUCGUCAGAUAUGUCACCUUGACAAAUGGCAAUAUCGGAGAUCGAGAUGUUCAAGUUGAACGUAAACAACUGUUUGAUUUUGUAAUAAAUGUGGUAAGUUUCAUCAAUAUGUGGUCGCAAUACGACGAAAACUUGAACGAAAACUCAUUUUUCAAAGAAAUCACCGAAAAUCAUUGCGAUUUGAUCGAGAGAGCCGCCAUAGAAUCAUGGAUCAUCUGUGUACCAAGAGCGGGUAGUAUAUCCUUCAACGAUGUAAGCUUGGAAGUGAUUUUAGACCAUAUUUUGAUACCUUCAACAGAAGACAAUUUCUGUACGUUGAACAAGAGAAAUGUAACCGUCCAAAAUAAACAACUGAACUGUGAUGCCAGCGCAAUAUUUUCAAGCAGGAUCGAGAUUUUAUUUGAAGAAACCUUCUACGUUAAGAAGACCCUAAAGUACACUGUCUGGUGUAUUGAUAGACCAUUAUUUAUGAAAUUCAAGAAUUGUAAUUCAUAUACCAUCAACGUUUUGCAAAGUUUGCAUGACUGCAUCGAUUUUCUUUGGGCGGAAAGUCUGGGGCAUGGUAUUCUUCAUAGUAUCAGAGAAUUGUGCAGCACUUUUGUAAACAAGAAUGUAGAUAUUGAAGCAGAGUGCCUGCAAACUCAGAAAGAGUUGUUGGGAAACUUGUUUUCAAAGUGCUUACAAGUUGGAUUCCAAAACAAAGUUCUUAGAGAUAAAUGUAACAACUCCAGUUUUUUGGAAAAUUUUAAGCUAGCUGUUGAAACUUAUAUGCAACACUGUUUAGGUAGAAAAUUGAAUAUGUGUGUAAAUACCUUGCAACAUCAGACUGAUUCUGUCUUAAAUAAAAUUAUUAGAAAUUCAUGUGAUAUACAGUAUCAAGAUUUAGGCAUAUCAAACCAUUUCUCCGAUGUUAUCACAAAUGCAAAGUGUGAGUUGAAUAAAAUUAACAAUCAUGUAACAGUUCUUGAUAAAAUGACGUGUAUAAAAAGGACUUUUGAAAUUAUAUUUCAAUCUAAAGAUGUAAAUACUGAUGAUGUCCUUGAAAUUUUUGUUUUUCUGAUUUUGAAACAAAGAGUCAAUAACUGGUCAGCAAAUUUAAUAUAUCUGAAAGAAUUUAGGUUCAGUUCAUCAGAAAAUAUUGAGAAAAAUAGUUAUUUUUUAGCCACUUUUGAGGCUGCAUUAGAAUUUAUAAAAAGCAAUAAGUUUUUUGAAAUAAACGAAAAAAAUUCAAGUACAAAUCAUAUUGCAAUCAGUUGCCUUUAUGAAAAAAUAAAGUCUGAUAGAAUAAUAUCACUUGAAGAUGUAAUCGAUAAGACAAAAUCACUGUUUGAAGAAAAACUAUGUCAUCCUUUAUGUAUAUGUGAAAAUUGCCUGAAUAUCGUUAAGAAUCGAGAAACUGAAAUGAAAAUGUUCAGUCCAAAUUACUGUAAUGAAAAAGGUCAGAAUUUAUUAAUCACUGCAACUAUCAUGGAUAAUUGUGAAGUUGUAGAUUUUUUGAUCACUCAUAACUUCAAUGUUAAUUCAACUGAUCUGUUCAAUAGGACUAGCUUGCAUUAUGCAGCUAGUCAUGGCUACCAAGAUAUUUUAAUGCUUUUGAUCAAUCACAAUGCUGAUGUUAAUGCUGCAGAUAGUGAUAAAAAUACGCCUCUUCAUUUGGCUUGUCAAAAUGGUCAAGAGAACUGUGUAAAAGCCUUACUGUACUCCUCGGGUAUAGCUGAGUUGAACCUGGGCAACUUUUUUGGUGAUACUCCUUUACAUUUAGCAACAAAAUGGGGAUAUUUUGAUAUAAUAAAAACCUUGCUUGAAAACGAGGCUUCGGUUGUAGUAAAAAAUAAAAGAAAUCAACUAGCUUUAAAUUUAGCACCAAAUUACUAUAUCUUGAAGCUGUUUGGAAGGUUUGGUGCGAAAAGAAGUACCACUGUUAUAAGAGAAAUCAUUGAAAAUUGUACUUUAAGCAUCACAGAACUUUCUACUGUGAAUGAUGAUUGCAAACAAAAAGGUGUUGAGCAUGGAGUUAGGCCAAAAGACCUUGAACAUUUCAGAAAAGUCGAUCUUUUACUCAAAGCUAUUGAGAGUAAUGAUUUGCCUUUAACUUGCUUUUAUCUAGGAUUUACUUGUAAUUCACAAACUAUGUUAAGCAGUAAGUGCUGCCAUCCACUUUGUAAUUGUGAUAAAUGUGAAAAUGAGCAAGAUAUGGAGGUCAAACCUCCACAUAAAAAUGAACAACCUGUCAAUAUCAAUAUGUGUAAUGUCAAUGGUGUUACACCACUACACUUAGCAGCAAAAUGCGGAAGAACCCAAAUUUUACGGCUGCUUUUAGACUCUGGUGCUUUGCCCAAUGUACAAGCAUACAAAACAUUACAUUCUCCUCUCCACUUAGCUUGUAUUUUCCAGAGAGUUCAAAUUGUUAGAGAGUUAUUGAAAUGCGGAAAUUGUAAAAUUGAUAUUCAAGAUGCGAAAGGCAAUACGCCACUUUUUUACGCGUGUAUGAAAAACGACGUGAAAAUUGUUGAUAUUCUUUUGAGUAAUGGAGCUGAUUGCAGUGUAAAAAAUUUGGCGGGGAAAAGUCCUGUACAGGAGAGCGAAGUCAAUAUGCAAUAUAGUGUGUUUAAAUUAAUGAAAGAUAGUAUAGCCAGUUAUUUACAAAAAGAUACAAAUGACACGUUUUAA